CACUCUAGGCAUCCUCUGCCCAAUCGACCGGGACGCAGGCGUGGCUCAACACGGCUUCGACGUAACCCGGCCCAUACCUAGCCUCUCACAGUGGUGCUUACCAAGAUGCUUCUAUUUUCACUUAUCGCUUCAGAGUCACUCACUCACCGCGCCUUUUUGUGGUUCCAGCUCCAGAAACAGUGUCCGAAGUGGCUCGGAGCAUGGCAAAGUGGCGGGCGGCCCGAACAACCAGCGCGUAUUGAGAACUACGGAACGCUUUUCUGUUAUGUCAUCUCUCUUCACCCAUUCCCUUCCCCGGGCGAUGUCUUGCAUGCCCAGAUUGGGCUGGUCAAGAUGUGAACGUGACAUUGAGGCAUCCAGUAUAUUGACAGGGGCAGAGACGGUUAAGAGUUCGUCCAUCGUCAGUUGUCAAGGCGAAGAUUUACAUAAACACCAGCAGCGUCUUCUUUGAACUUGGACGAUCUGAACACAGAGAAGCAAUCUGGCAUAUGAAGAAGAUCAGAUCCUCCUUCACAGUCAAUCACGACGUCAAACUAAGCUCACUGUAGUUCACGAUGGAGCUCACGCCAAACACCAGCCCAAGGGAAGCCAAUAGCCCGGGAGAUACGCAGCAACGUGCUGGGGCCGCCAAAUCAAAAGCCACCAUUAGAGCAUCCCUCGCCUGUGUGCCCUGUCGAUCAAAGCACGUCAAGUGUGACUCGGCCUUACCAACCUGCCUAAGAUGCCGCUUGGAAGAAAAGACCUGCUACUACGCAAAGUCUCGCCGAGGUAUUCGGGAUGCCAAGAAACGCAGCCUCAUCAACGAUCCUAUCGCACCUCCUUCAGUCUCGCCGGACACGCCAGUCUCUUUCCCAUCUCCCGAGGUGGCGAGCUUCGAUAUUCCCAUUCAUGUAGUCGACAAGCUACCCUGUGGAUGGUCUCUGGCCAGGAGCUCUCAUCUUCCUGACUUGAACACCGCAUCACCGACUUCGCUGCUCUUCGACCUUUACUUCACCAACUUUCACGAUACCCAUCCGUGGCUCCUCCCCAGAAACCAGCUCCUAAGUCGUAUUCGGUCGAACCCUGAGCCUUUCCAUUUCCUCACAAGCUGUAUCAUGUACGUGGGAUCACUCUUCUCAAAUGCUGUCUCAUCAGAGGAACUUCGAGAGAAAGCAUUCAGUCUCGCAAGUGGCAGCUUGCCUAUGACUUGCUGGACUGUACAGGGUCUGCUCGUUCUCAGUGUUGCCGCUUUUGGCGAGGGUCGAUUGGACUUGAGUGCGGGGUGGAUGGACGCUGCGACUCAGAUUGCCCUCGAUCUCGGCAUGCAAGAUAAGUCGUUUGCAGAUGCCGCAGGUGAUCCUUUCGUCGCAGAGAGCUCACGGAGGACCUACUGGGCCCUGUACUGGCAAGGCAACAUGCGAGCGAUGCGCGAGGACUCGCCCACUUUCAUGUUGUCCGGCGUUGUCGCAACCACUGAACUUCCAUGUGAAGAAUGGGAAUAUCAGUCAGGGGAGAUCCCACAGCCGCUGUCCCUGAAGAAGUACAACGCAAGAGAUCCUAUGGAUGAAACGAGCUAUUCGUCGUGGACGUAUCUCAUUGAUCUGUGCCGGUUGAGCACGGAGUUGAUACUCCCUAUGCCAACACUGCCACCAGGACUGUUGUCUAAUGCCAUCGAUAGAGCCGACUCCAGAUUGGUCAGUUGGCUCAUUAAUCUACCUAAAUGGAAACAACAGUUGGUGGACUCGGGAGGUGCAGUUGAUAUGGUUCUGUUUCACGCGAUGGCCUACGCGCAUAGCCUGAGGAUCAAGAUGCAACUACCCAUGGAAGCGUCGGGAUUUGGGAUCCGGGACCUGCUCACGCUUGGCCCGCUCUUCAAAGCGCGCGACAUGACCUUACCUCGGAUGCCGCGAUGCUCCAGCUCGCCGUAUCCAUGGCUCGAAUGCUCAACCGCCCUACAAGCAGGCCUCUCAACAAUCGGUCUCUUCAACUUCUCGCUGCCGCCGGCCCGAUACAGCCCUGCGUGCAUCAUCGGGCUGCGAAGGGCCGCUCUCGCACUGCUUGAUGCGAGAAUGUAUGGUGGGUCAGAUUCACCGGCUCUGCUUGAGAAGCUUGAUCUCCUGCUCGGCGUACUCAAGGUUGCCGGAGAGAUGUGGCCCAUCGCAAGAAGCAUUGGCAAUGAGGUCAGUGAUGUGUUGAGAGAGCUUAGUGUGACCAGCAGCCGUAACAACGUCAAUCAGUUGAAUUCAUGCAUGGAUGCUUUCAUCACCGAUAUGUCAGCUUCUGCUGUGGCUCCGGAUCCUGGCAUGUUUCCAUUCCCUGAGCCAAGAACAGUGGAGGAGAUGUUCAACUGGAGCACUGGAAUCAUGAACAUGGGAUUGUGAGAUGAUGAUAGCGGUAGGAUUAUGAGCUAGGCGC